AUGAAGCCAAAAAUACCAAAAUUGCCACCCGGUCCUAAACCAUGGCCUAUUGUUGGCAAUCUUCCUGAAAUGCUUGCAAGCAAAUCUCCGACUAAGUGGAUACACAAAACUAUGGAAGAAUUCAACACUGAUAUAGCAUGUAUUCGCCUAGGCAAUGUUCAUGUUAUCCCUGUUAACUGUCCCACCAUUGCUCGUGAAUUCUUGAAAAAACAUGAUGUUGAAUUUGCAUCAAGACCAAUAACCAUGGCAACUGACAUUAUCUCCGAUGGACAGUUAACGACAAUUCUUGUACCCUAUGGGGAACAAUGGAAAAAGAUGAAGAAAAUAAUCGUUAAAGAAUUGCUCUCUCCAUUCAGACAUCAAUGGCUUCAAGACAAAAGAAUCGAAGAAGCCGAUAAUCUUAUGUUUUAUGUCUACAAAAAAUGCAACAACAGUGAACUUGUGAAUGUUAGGAUUGCAACACGACAUUAUUGUGGUAAUGUUUUUAGAAAACUAUUUUUUAGUACACGAUACUUUGGAAAGGGUAUGAAGGAUGGAGGGCCUGGUGUUGAAGAAAUAGAACAUGUUGAUGCUGCUUUCGAAUUGCUUAACCAUAUUUAUGCUUUCUCUGCAUCUGAUUACAUCCCAUGGUUGAGAUUGUUUGAUUUUGAUGGACAUAAGGGCAAGGUCAAUAAUGCAAUUAAGAUAAUAAACAAGUAUCAUGAUUCUCUCAUUCAACAGAGAAUCACACAAUGGAAAGGUGGAUCAAAGAAUGUUGAAGAAGAUUUGCUAGAUGUUUUGAUGUCAUUAAAAGAUGUCAAGAAUAAUCCUUUAUUGACGAUGAAGGAAAUCAAAGCUCAAAUUAUUGUAAGAUUUCAUUCACAUUUUUCUAUCUAUUUCGUACCUUUACCAACACUUUUGUAUUACUUUCUUUUUACUGACAGUCUAGUAUAUUCAAACUUAAACUAA